AUGGCCGCUAUCACUUCUUCUUCUACUAUUUCUUAUAAUUUAAGGAGUCCAGCCGUAAAACGACUUUUACAAGAAGCUCGAGAAUUACAACAAGAUCAGUGUGGCGAUUAUACAGCUCAACCACUAGAGGAUAAUUUAUUUGAAUGGCAUUUUGUGAUUCGUGGUCCCGAAGAUACGGAAUUUUCAGGCGGAAGAUAUCAUGGACGUAUACUUUUACCUUCAGAAUAUCCUUUUAAGCCACCUAAUUUGAUGCUUUUAACUCCAAAUGGUAGAUUCGAACUUAAUAAAAAAAUAUGUCUAAACAUUACAGGGUUUCAUCCGGAAUAUUGGUUACCAGCUUGGGGAAUUCGUACAGUUCUUUUAGGUUUGAUUGGAUUUUUAACAACUAAAGCAAAUGGUGCCAUUGGAGGAAUCGAUUAUACAGAAUCUGAAAGAAAAAUAUUAGCUCAAAGGUGA